AUGGCGCACUCAAAGCGCAACACCUCCCUCCCACACUUUACCUCCUACGAGCGCGGCCUGCUGCGCUCAACAUGGGGCACAAAACGCGGCGUGAUUGGCCGCGACAGCUUCCUCCCCUUCGCGUCUUGCCGACUAUGUCUCCAACCAGCCCGCGCGCCGGUGGUGGCCUGCGCCACGAACGGAGAUCUGUUCUGUCGCGAGUGCGCAAUCAAUGACCUCCUCGCGCAGCGGCAGGAGAUCAAGCGGCUUGAACGACAGCGCGAUGAUGCGCGGAAGAGGCUGGCGGAGGGGGAGGAGGGGGAGCUUGAGGAGGCGAGGAGGAGGGAGUUGGCUCAGUUUGAGCUUGUUUCUAUGGGAUUGGAAGGUGGUGGUGGUGGGAAUCAAGCUGGGAAGAAGCGGAAGGCGGAAGGGAGUGAGACGGAAGAAGCCAUGGCGAAGUUUAAGGCAAGAGAAGUGGAGAUUGAUGGGAAAAGGAAGAGGGUGUUUGAGCUGAAUGAGAAGGAGAUGGCCCGGUAUGCAGAGGACGAGAAGGAGAGGUUGAAAAAGGAAUUGAAACAGGAGAAGUCCUCGACCAAGUCCGCUCUACCCUCCUUCUGGGUCCCAUCUCUCACCCCGGGCACGGAUCCCAAUGAGAUCAUUGCCCAAAAAGCUGUCAAGCUGGUGCCCAUCUGUCCUGCUUCCACGGAGUCUAAUCGGCACAGCUACUCGCUCAAAUCGCUAGUGGACGUGCAUUUCACAGAAGAAACCGGCGCGGAUGGGACGGUCUCGCGUGUGUGUCCGAGCUGUAAGAAGAAUUUGAGCAAUGGGCUUAAAGCGAUGCUAACGAAACCCUGCGGCCACAUCAUUUGCUCACCCUGCGUAACGAAAUUCAUGACUCUCCACGAAACACCUGAUCCGCACGCCUCCAAAGAAGAGCAAGCUCGCUCGGCUGCGUUACACGGGCGGAUGCUGUGUUAUGUCUGCGAGACGGAUAUCACGCCUCGCAAUCCAGAGCAAAGCGCCGAAAAGAAAAAGUCCAAGAAGAAGGACAAGGAGAAAGAUGGUGGAAUUCAGCCCGGUUUGGUGGCAGUUUGCUCUGAGGGCACUGGGUUUGCAGGUGGAGGAGGCAAUGUGGCUACGAAGACGGGUGUUGCAUUUCAAUGUUAG